AUGGAAGAGAGUCGUUCCGUUCUGAUCACUGGAUGCGGAAAUGGCGGUAUUGGCCACGCUCUGGCAUCGCAAUUCAAAUCUGGAGGCUACACAGUCAUCGCAACACUCCUCCCUCAUGAGCCCCAAGACCAUCUAAAGAAACUCGGGGUUCAUGUCUUCGUAGCUGAUGUGACCAGCGACGUCGAAUGCAAAUCACUACUCGAGUCGACUAAAGAGCUAACGGGAGGAAGACUAGAUGUUUUGGUUAAUAAUGCAGGAAUUGUGUAUACCAUGCCAGCUGUUGAUACGGACGUCUCUCAGGUUGAGAAGAUGUUCGCGGUGAACGUUUUGGGCCCUAUGAGGAUGGUCCAAAUCUUCCACCGUUUGAUUGUGGAUGCAAAAGGGACCAUUGUCAAUAUAGGCUCAAUAGGUGGUGUUGUGCCAUAUAUCUAUGGGUUCAAUGUGAUUUCGGGCGAAGUUGGUACAAAUAUCUUGAAGAGAGAUUUUGACGCUUCGUUACCUGCUGAUUCCAUCUUCCAACCUUUGAGCGAUGAGUUCAAAGCCCAUGUGCAGCGCACGCCUAACACAAUGACACCGGUUGAAUACGCAGCUGGAGUCUUUGCUGAAGUGCAAAAGAAAUCACCUUCAGCGUGGUUUUGGCAUGGAAACCUGACAACAGUUACACGCAUACUUGAUGCACUGUUGCCCCGAACAUUUUGGGACUGGUUAUUCGGCCGGGAAUUCCACUUUGAUAAGCUUAGGAAGGCUGUAGAGGAAGGAGAGAAGACUCGAGAGAAGAAGUCUGAGUAG